AUGCUCUUCUAUCCUCACUUCUCAAAUGGUCAGAUGCAUAAUUAUACCACUAUAUUGACUAUUUCUUAUUUUUACUGUGUUCUGCAGGCCAGCUGCAUGUCCAGAUGCAUGGGGAGUCUGGGAGGUCCUCAGCUUUCCUCUGCCCAUUCCAGGUGCCCCUGGCCCAGUGGUGCCACGUCAACAUGGAGCUGCGUGGCAGAACGGUCAGUAUUAACCCCUACCCACAAUAGACAGGAAAUCAGUGUCAACCUGUUCCCUAUUUCAGGAUUCUAACCGGUAUAGUAGUACACUGUUGGUGUACUAUCGUAACAAAAUACCUGACGUCAGGACGGUAAGAAUCACAGUCAGACACAUCCAAAUCCAUCUGUAGUUAGACAAAACAUGUUACACCUGUAUUCUCUUGUCUCCCACAGUCUGAAGUCGUUGUUCCAGACCAUAUUAGGAGUCUGAAUUUGACUGGAUGGCUACAGUCCUGUCAGGAGUUUCAGUUGGAGCUUCAUGUCAAAUUGACUGGAUAUUUACCGAGAGCCAGAGAGAAACAAGAGUCUGGUAAUGAUGUGUAACAUCCACUAGAUGGCAUGAUGGUGUAUAAAAUAUUCAGUGGCUCGCAAAGUUAGUGUCACUCUCCAUCCAAACUAACACUACCACUGUUUUCCAUAGAACUGUAUGGAUGCUUAUCAUGAGCGGACAUUACAAAAUAUCAUCCAGCUGUGACACCACACUGUGAACCCUGGGAGGCACCCAGUGCCCCUCAAAGACGCUAUGCAGUACAACUGGCGAAGCUACCGGCCUCCAAGCAUGGUAAGAUCUGGUUAUAACGAUAAAUAUACUCUUCUACAACUAUUUUAACCUCCGAAGGCAUCACACCAGCUAACACCAUUAAUACCAUGUAAUGAGGAUGUUGAAAUAUCUCUAAUGUUAUUGUUUAUACUGUAUACCCAGGUGGCAGAAAUGUUAAUCUGGCAUCAGUGGGCAGGGCUCUGUACUCCUUGUCUCUGCGUAAGCUGCGUCAAGAGAGCACUGGAUCCACUGGGGUAGUUAACAGGAUAAUGGCCCCUCUGCUGCAAGCUGGCUGUCUGGGGAACUACAGAGCUCUACACCUGUCAUCAGAGUUCUACACCUGUCAUCAGAGCUCUACACCUGUCAUCAGAGCUCUACACCUGUCAUCAGAGCUCUACACCUGUCAUCAGUGCUCUACACCUGUCAUCAGUGCUCUACACCUGUCAUCAGAGCUCUACACCUGUCAUCAGAGCUCUACACCUGUCAUCAGAGCUCUACACCUGUCAUCAGAGCUCUACACCUGUCAUCAGAGCUCUACACCUGUCAUCAGAGCUCUACAGCGGUGGUGUAGGAGGGGAGAAGCAGCCCAAUAAGGAAUAAGGUGGGUGAAUGAGUGUGUGUAUUCAGGUGUCUGUCUUCAUGACUGGGGCCAGGAGUUUAUUUAUACGUUGCAUGUCUGGGGGGACCCAGUGUCCAUGUAAAACUACGCCAUAGUCCUCAUGCAGGUCCAAGGUGAAACACUCAGUUUCAUGACACAGUCAGUCUCUAUAGUCAUUUUAAGUUCAGUGAUAGUAAUGUCUAGCCUAUUUUGACAAUACCAUCAUUACGUUUAAGGGCCAAGGAGUCGAGAAAGACAUUCCAAGGGCAGUCACUUUCCUGAAGAAAGCAGUAGAGCAGGUUGGUCCAAAUUAUGUUCUGAACUUUAUCAUUAUGCGUGGAUUGUAGGACUAAAAUGACACCUUCACAAUUGCUCAUCAUACCAUUCUAUCCCACAGGGUUUCACGCCAGCGAUCAACGCCCUUGGCUGGUACUAUGAGCAGUUUGAGAAGGACCACCAGCGGGCAGUGCAGCUGUGGGAACAGGCUGAUAAACAAGGCAGCUCAGAUGCUGCUAUGAAUCUGGGUGUCAUGAACUCCCAAGGCCUGUAUCCUGGGAAAGCAGCAGGCAAGGUCAGGUCAACUGUCAGUAUAUCCUGUGGUCCCCUACGUAACUUACACACUGACCGAGAUCUAAUCUACUGGACUGAGGUAAUAAACCAGCUGUGUUUUGUCUAUCCCAGUUCAUGGCCUAUACCUACUACCUGAAGAAACCUGGAUGGCUCCAUUCAGCUGGCUGAUGUGUGGACCACAGGGAUGCCCAGGCGAGUCCAGAGGCGUCCUGCAGAUGCCCUAUUGCUAG